AUGGCAGAUACAGAUUGGGGAAAUCAAACUUCCAUCACAAAAUUCAUCCUCCUAGGAUUCGGGAAUCUCCCUCAACUGCAGGUUCUUCUCUUCCUACUGUUUCUAGUGAUCUACAUUGUGACCACGGCCGGGAACAUCCUCGUCGUUGCACUAGUUGUGGCUGAUCAGCACCUUCACACCUUCAGGUACUUCUUCCUGGGGAACUUGUCCUGCUUGGAAACCUGCUACGCCUCCACCCUCCUGCCCAGGAUGCUGGCCAGUCUCGUGACUGGGGACAGAACCAUUUCUGUCAGUGGCUGUGUUGCGCAACUUGAUUUCUUUGGUUCUCUGGUAGCUGUGGAAUGUUGUCUCUUAUCAGUGAUGUUUUAUGAUCGGUAUUUAGAGAUAUGCAAACCAUUGCAUUAUGCAGCCCUUAUGAAUGGCAGGCUCCGCUUCUGGUUGGCAGCUGGGUCUUGGCUAGAGGCACAACCUGUCUCAUUUGUCCAAACCACCUUGGUCUUCACCUCCCCAUUCUGUGGCCCCAACAAAAUCGACCAUUUCUUCUGCGAUGUGGUGUCGGUGCUCUGGCUGGUUUGUGCCGACACAUCCUGCAACGAAAUGUCCAACAUCACAGUCACCGUGGUCUUCCUCACCACCCCGUUCAUGCUCAUCCUCACCUCCUAUGCCCGCAUCAUUGCCACGGUCCUGAGAAUGUCCUCACCAAGGAGCAGGCACAGAGCCUUCUCCACCUGCUCCUCACAUCUUGUGAUGGUGACACUCUUCUACGGCUCUGGCAUGAUCAUAUAUCUGCAUCCCAAAUCCAGCUACAUGCUAGAGAAUGACAAGCUGCUGUCCCUCUUCUAUACCGUGGUCACCCCCAUGAUGAACCCCAACAUCUACAGCCUGAGGAACGAGGAGAUGAAGGGGGCACGGAGGAGGAGGGUGGCUGGGAAGAGGUUGUCCCCAUUACAAAAAGGGUUUUGCCUCAGGCUAACUUAG